AUGAUGGUCCGGCACAUGCGCACCUUAGCUUACUAGUUGUUGUCAGCGGUGGUUAUGGAGAUGAAAUGGGACUUGGGCAAGCUGUCAACAUUUUUGUAAUGUUCAUGUGUGCAGCAGCAGGAUGCCCCGGAAGAUAGGAUUCACCCUGGUCAGUUCCUCUGGUCACGAAGAUAACUUCAGUGCCAAGGAGCUGAUGGUCCAUGCACCAACAGUCAAUGGCUGGAGAUCUGCCAGGUUCUGUCCAUACCCUCAGCAGGUCACUUUGCAGUUGCCAGAGCGGAGUCGGGUCCGUAAGCUGCAGCUGCUUGCCCACCAGUACCUGAUCUCAGGCAAAAUAGAGUUCCACAUCGGGGACCGACUACUAGAGGCCGACUCACCUGGUCUCUCUGGGCACCUCCGCAGGCUAGGGUAUGUUUCUUUAUCGGACAAUGAGAAAACAGGCUUCAAAGCCCGGGAGCUGAAGUCUGUUCACGUGGAUGCCAUUGGAACAUACCUCCGUAUAACCUUUCACAGAAACCAUGUCAACCGCUACAACCUUUACAACCAGGUUGCAUUGGUUGCCAUUAAUGUUUUGGGAGAUUCUGUGGAUGGCACUGCUGUUGACACAAUUCCUAGCAGAGAGCAACUGAUUGAGCACUACCUCAACAGUAGUCAGCACGAGACCGCCUUGGAUGGAACAUACAUGGGUAAGUGUGAGUCCAUAUCUCCUCUGGAUGACCUGGCUUUUGACAUGUACCAGGACCCCGAGGUAGCCCACAUCAUCCGCCUGCUGGAUGACAAGAAGCAGGAAAUGGUCCGUCAGGAGAGAUACGAGUUCGCCAAAACACUCAAGCAGGCUGUCGCUGACCUGCAGAAGGUAGGAGAACGUCUGGGCCGAUAUGACGUGGAGAAAUGCUGUGCCAUAGAUAAGGAGGACUAUGACACAGCCAAGAAGAAGAAGGAGCAAAUGGAGGAGUACAGGAUGACAGUGUACCAUCAACUAGAGGUCCACAACCUACUGGACAUGGGCAUGAUAAGGGAGAUGACAGAGUCACCAUCCGACGACUCUCCCGAUGUGCCUUCCCCACGCCGCCACCAAGUAGGACACAAGAUGAGGGUUGUCACGGAAACGAGGAGGAGGAGAAACCAGGAACCUGUGUUCACGGAGACUGUGGAUCCUUUACCCCCCAAACCUGUCAGUCCCCCCCAAACCCUGCUGCGCUCCCUCCCUCCGACACCACGCUCCUACCCAGCAGUGCCCAGGAUAGACGUCACCGCCCUGCCUUAUGACGAGAGACCCCUACCUGCCCUGCAGAGAAAGGGGGAGAUGCCUCAGAGCCACCCUGAGGAGUCCAGUCUCCCCCCCUCUCCCCUGGCCACCAUCAUCCCCUGUAGCCCUGGUGUGACUGGGGAGCCUGAGCCCCUGACAGAGAGUGCCCAGAGAGAGGCCAGUUUCCCUAUCGAGGUGUACGGAGACGGACUGGUGGCUGGAGCUUAUUCAAAAACUUGGUCCUACCGGGAAGAUGCCCUGCUGGCUGUCUACAAGAAGCUGACGGAAGUAUCGGCCGGGACGCCCAAGGAGAAAUUGAGGAACAUGAUGAGGGCAGCAGUGUUUCUGGUCAAGAAGGCCCUCAAGGAUAAAGUAUCAUCUGUGUUCCAGGCAUCUCUGAAGCUGCUGCGGCUGCUGCUGGCCCAGCUGAUCCCAGGUCAGGCCCUGGGUAGAGCCGAGUUGGUCCACUGCGUAGAGCAGACCUGGCCCAACCUACUCUCCAGGACCGGGGACUCGGCCACCAGACUACGGGCCAUGGCCACAGCUUUCAUCCAGGAUAUGGCCCUGUUUAAAGAGGUGCAGGCCCUGCAGUUGGUCCCUGGGGAGCUGGUGAAGCCCAUUAAAUCCAACAUCCCCACACGGCAGGCCCUGAGCAGGGCUGAGCUACUGGAGAAGCUGCUGGGAGAACUGGGUACAGACAACUCAGGCUUCACUCUGGACAACGUCAUGAAGUUCUGUACAGGUGCGCUGCAGCACAUCGCGUCAGAGGUGAGAGAGAUGGUCGUGCUCAUCAUCCUGGCUAUGUACCGCCUGCACAAAACCGCCAUCCUCAGCUACCUCCCGGCCAACGAUGCCGCCACUCGCAAGAACGUCCUCUAUAAAAAUAUAUUUGACGGCUUCGCCAGGAUCGAUGGGCGGCCGGUGGAGUCCCAGACGUCAAAGAAGGGAGGCGCACAGCAGGAGGGGGAGAAGGAGAAGGAGGAGAUCCGUAGUCUUCGGGAGCAGCUGGCUGCCUUGAAUGAGAUCAGUAAGGGCAAUUCCAAAGUGGAAAGCGAGAAGGGAAAUACCAAAGGACAGAAGAAAGAGGCUGUUAAAGUUUUAAAAACAGGCGUCAAAACUGCACCCCAAAGCAACCCGGAAGAUGCAGGAGAUAACCAGUCUUCAAUUGUCAACAACUUGGACAACCUCUGUAUAUUCUGCGGUGAAAAAGAUGAGUCCUUCACUGAGGAUGGAUUGGACCUGCACUACUGGAAGCACUGUCCUAUGUUGCAUUGCUGUGACCAAUGUAGACAGGUGGUUGAGAUAGCCAGCCUCACAGAGCACCUGUUGGGGGAGUGUGAGAACAGGGCCAGGUUCAGUCAGUGCCCUCGCUGCUCAGAGGCCAUGUCCACUGACGAGCUCACCCACCACACCCAGAGCCCUGCCUGCAACCCUCCUGGCUCAGUCAAAGGCUCCAACCACUGUCCUUUGUGUCACAACAACUUCAUGUCCGGAGAAGAGACUACAACCUCUCCACAAUGGCCAAGACCAGAGAGCUGUAUAAGGACCUGUAGACCUGCACAAGGCUGGGAUGGGCUACAGGACAAUAGGCAAGCAGCUUGGUGAGAAGGCGACAACUGUUGGCGCAAUUAGAAAAUGGAAGAAGUUCAAGAUGACGGUCAAUCACCCUCAGUCUGGGGCUCCAUGCAAGAUCUCACCUCGUGGGGCAUCAAUGAUCAUGAGGAAGGUGAGGGAUCAGCCCAGAACUACACGGCAGGACCUGGUCAAUGACCUGAAGAGAGCUGGGACCACAGUCUCAAAGAAAACCAUUAGUAACACACUACGCCGUCAUGGAUUAAAAUCUUGCAGCGCACGCAAGGUCCCCCUGCUCAAGCCAGCGCAUGUCCAGGCCCGUCUGAAGUUUGCCGAUGAUCCAGAGGAGAAAUGGGAGAAGGUCAUGUGGUCUGAUGAGUCUACGAUACAUAAAACACUAAACAAGAAUGGUGUUCAUAGGACACCAUGGAAGAAGCCACUGCAGUCCAAAAAACAACAUUGCUGCACGUCUGAAAUUUGUAAAAGUGCACCUGGAUGUUCCUCAGCACUACUGGCAAAAUAUUUUGUGGACAGAUGAAACUAAAGUUUAGUUGUUUAGAAGGAACACACAACACUAUGUGUGGAGAAAAGAAGGCACAGCACACCAACAUCAAAACUGUAAAUUAUGGUGGAGGUAGCAUCAUGGUUUGGGGCUGCUUUGCUCUCUAAGGGCCUGGACAGCUUGCUAUCCUCGACGGAAAAAUGAAUUCCCAAGUUUAUCAAGACAUUUUGCAGGAGAAUGUAAGACUAUCUGUCCUCCUAUUUAAGCUCAACAGAAGUUGGGUGAUGCAACAGGACAACGACCCAAAACACAGAAGGAAAUCAACAACAGAAUGGCUUCAACAGAAGUCCUGACCUCAACCCGAUUUGAGAUGUUGUGGCAUGAACUCAAGAGAACAGUUCACACCAGACAUCCCAAGAAUAUUGCUGAACUGAAACAGUUUUGUAAAGAGGAAUGGUCGAAAAUUCCUCCUGACUGUUGUGCAGGUCUGAUCUGCAUCUACAGAAAACGUUUUGUUGAGGUUAUUACUGCCAAAGGAGAGUCAACCAGUUAUUAAAUCCAAGGGUUCACAUUUUUCCCACUCUGCACUGUAAAUGUUUACACGGUGUGUUCAAUAAAGACAUAAAAUUAUACGUUUUCUUGUGUUAUUAGUUUAAGCAGACUUUGUUUGUCUAUUGUUGUGACCUAGAGGAAGAUCAGAUCAAAUUUCAUGACCGGGUUCACAUACUUUUUCUUGCCACUGUAAAUAGAAAUAUUACAAUAGAAUGUAAAUGCUCUACUUGAGCUGCAUUGUCAAUGCAUGUCGACACUAAGCCUCCUUUUUGGGGAAAUUUGACAGUGUGUGACUCUUCUGUAUAUAACAUCCGGAACCUGUUUGUGUGUCUGACAGUCAGGCAAAGAUUGAAAAUGUCUUUCAGCGUCUUUGGAGCUGUUCUCUGUGCCAAAUAAUGUUUGUAUCAUGCUUUGUGCUGCUGCCAUGCUGUGUUGCUACUGUAUUGUUGUCAUGUUGUGUUGCUACCAUGCUGUGUUGUCAUGUGUUGCUGCCAUAGGUCUCUCUUUAUGUAAUGUUGUGGGGUCUCUCUUGUUGUGAUGUAUGUUUUGUCCUACAUUUUUUAUUUUUAAUCCCCCAUCCCCGCAGGAGGCCUUUUGCCUUUUGGUAGGCCGUCAUUGUAAAUAAAAAUGUGUUCUUAACUGACUUGCCUUUUUUAAAUGAAUAAAAACACACAUGCAGUGUCCUUCUUAAGAUGAACUGAGGAUGCACAUUUUCAGGAAGCCCUCAAGCAGCGCUGCCGCAUUCAUUCUCCCUCACACUUCUCCUUCUUACCUUCGACAAGAAAAACUCUCAGUAGCGGCCCAAACCCUUGCCUGGUGUGCCAGAUGAAAAGCCCCUGUGUUGGAGCCAAGUCGGCCAUUAGCCAGGCUCUGACACCGGCCCACAGUGCUGCUGCAGAGCAAAGGCAUGCAUGGAGUAAGAGGGAGAGAUUCAAUUUUAUAGGGCAGCAGCAGACUGACUUGCUCUUUGUC